AUGGCUCCAACUGCAGAAGUGAUUCCACGGGCAGACCCCGCUGGUCUGCACACGACGGAGCCCUUGGGGGGCACAAUUAUGAGCGUCAUAAUCUGUCUCCUUUCCAUCAGCAUCAUCUCCGCGUUCUUGGCCCAGAGGAGUGCGGCGCUGAAGAACUGGAGGAGGAUACCAUUCGUGGUGUGGCUCGUGCUCGCCGUCUAUGUCGACUCAUAUCUCUUCGUCUUCGUAACGGCGAUACUCCAGUUCGCCCUCGGCGUCAACACCAACAUCCAGAUCUGUGACGGCGCCAUUCUCCUAUGUCUGGUCUGCUACAUCACGACAAAAGUGUUGAUCUACCUGUUUCUGGUCGAGAAAGCGCACAUCAUCCGAGGAGCGACGAAAUCGCGACUCAAGUCGAAGCUCUACAUCUUCAACUCGUUUGGCAUGCUGGGUGUCUACACCGUCAUAGCCAUCUUCAACUUUAUCUUCCGCAUCACACGUAUCGACGACGGACAAUGCUACAUCGGGAUGCAGAAGGUGUCAAUGAUUCCUCUCAUUUCCUUUGAUGCUGUCGUCAACAUCUAUCUAACCAUUUUGUUUCUCAUCCCUCUCAAGAGUCUUUACUCAUUCAAACACUUCCCCAAAACCCCUGCAAACAUUCGACUUAGGACAGUCGCGCUCCGUACCUUUAUCGGUGCCCUAUGUACUCUCACCAGCAGCAUUGUUAACCUGACCGUACUGAUGGUCCUCAACGGCGAACCCGGUUGGGUUUGCCUCAUGUGCUUCCUCUUCUCGGCCAUAGUCGUCCAAUGGGUGACUAACAAGGACAAUGUUGCGACCCAGGGCUCGUCAGGGGCCGGUUCCCGCAACGAGCUAUUCACCGAAGACUUCCGUCGCCCGGAUGGGAAUCCUCCGUAUUCACCACACCUCGCGUCGAGCCAAAAGAACGUUAUGGACGACAUGGGCGAGAUCUCCCUAGGCAACUCGACACCCUCCGAUUUUCCCAACAGCGACAAGACCUCAUCCGAAGCAGAAGGUGUGCGGCGGACGUCUUCGACCGGCUCGGUGGCGGGGAGCGGCGUUGUGGUGACGACAACGAUCAAACGUGAAUCGAAGCCUACGCCAGCCAUUUUCGAAGAGAUGAUCAUCGAGGACGGCUACGCAGAAUCGAACGGAUCCAGGCGGAUGAGCGAGCGCCAGACCGACUUUGACCGCUACGUCAGGGGCUCGCGGACGAAAAUAACGGCUGGCGAUCGGAAAUGA